GAGAGAGAGAGAGCGGUGAGUAGACGCACGAAGCGCGCUGCACAGCGCACCGGGUGCAACAUAUUAUUUGCGAAGGCCAACAACUAAAAAGUAAAAACCCCUUCAAAAAAUCUAAAAAGUAAAAACCCCGAAAACAAUGGCCAUCUACUAUCCACGACCACGGGUCGGGUGGUUCCCAUGGCUGGCUACCCAAGCUCCACCACUCCACCUGUUGAAUCCCCCCAAUAAGCCUUUGAAACUUUGUCUCCGUUUCUCCACUUCAGCCGUCGCCGACGCCCUCGCCGUUGCCGAAGAGGCGGCCUCUCCGCCCUUUCCUACCGGAAACAAAUGGGAACCUUUUUGCAAGAAGAAAGUAGUAAUGCGAGUCGGCUAUGUUGGCUCGGAUUAUCGAGGUCUGCAGAAGCAAAAAGAUCAGCACGCACUGCCCACCAUAGAAGGAGAGCUAGAAAAGGCUAUUUAUAAAGCUGGUGGAAUUCGUGAUAGUAAUUACGGGAAUUUGCAAAAAAUUGGUUGGGCAAGAAGUAGCCGAACUGACAAAGGAGUUCAUUCACUCGCUACGAUGAUCUCUCUUAAGAUGGAAAUCCCUGAAAAUGCUUGGAGGGAUGACCCUUGUGGAAUUGCUCUAGCUAAUUAUGUUAAUUCGUUUCUCCCUGAAAGUAUACGAGUUUUUAGUAUCUUACCAUCACAAAGGAGCUUUGAUGCCAGAAGGGAAUGUGACGUGCGCAAAUACUCUUAUCUCCUUCCUGCUGAAGUAAUUGGAAUAAAGAGUGAUAUUACCACGGAUGAAGUUGAUUUUCACCUGGCAUAUUUUAGCGACAUCCUGAAAUCUUUUGAGGGAGAACACCCUUUUCACAACUAUACAAUACGUGCGAAGUACAGGAAGCAAUACCCAUUCAGAAGAUCUAUCAGACAUGAUUUCUCAUCUGCGAUAGCUAGAUCAUCUGAUCAGGAAUCAUCAUCUGAGUAUGAGGACAGUGUAGAAGAAGAAAGUUCUGAAACUAAAGGUGUUGCAGACGAGGAAUCUUAUAGAAUUGAGCAUGUUGAAGGUAAUGAAGCUGCAUCAGAUGUGAUGGAGAGUGAACCAGGUUCUUCUCAUAAUGCUUUGUCUAGUAAGCCUUUAUCAGUCAGCUGUUUUGAAGAGCAAAAGGGCUUGAAGAGGCAAGGUUCUUCAUUGCCAAUUGCAAGAUGGCUGUAUGAACCUGAUAAUAAGGAUAGACUCAGUGCUUCACACUUCAGGAAGAUUUUUGACUGUUCCUGUGGGAAGUUGGAGCGCGUGCUUGGUAUGAAUUACGUUGAAAUCUCUAUUUGUGGAGAAUCAUUUAUGUUACAUCAAGUAAGUAUUCUUUGUUGAAAUGUGAAGACUAGAGAAUUUCAUUUCCUUCUUUGAUUGCUUUGAAGGACCCUUUUGCCCUAGGCUCUAUUUGUUUCGACAUCAUGCAGAUAGUAGUUGAAUUGCAAGAAAAUCGGUAGUUUUUCAUAUAUGCAAACCUGCACAACCACCCCCCAACCAAACAAUAACAACCCAAAAAAAUCUGAAUGAUCCCGAUUAUUGGACAACAUUGAUCAUCUGUCGUGCAUUAUCACUUUUCUUUUAGAGAAAGGUUAGACCUUUCUUGAGCCCUUCAGUUCGUAAUCUGUUAAUUCAAUUCAUGAGCAAAACUUUCCUAGUGGAGAUGGGAACAAAAACAUUUGUGACUUCAUAUUCUAGUCUCUAUCAUUCUGAUGAUUGUCAUGUUAUCGUUUACAUUAUCUGCUUAAGAUCUCAGUCGUGGAGCUGUUAAUGUAUGAUAGGUUGACACUAAGUAUGUAGUUUGUUAACUUAAAGUUGCGUUAAUGUUAUGAUUCUGAUACUUAUCUAUUGCAUGUUUUGCCCCUGCUGUUGCCAUAUCCUGACAAAAUGGGUCAACCCAGAUACGCAAAAUGGUGGGGACAGCUGUUGCUAUCAAACGAAAAUUACUUCCGCCUGAUACUAUAAAGUUGUCUCUGUCCAAGUUCUCACGGAUUGUCGUGCCCCUCGCACCGUCUGAAGUUCUUAUAUUAAGGGGAAACAAUUUCGCCUUGAGGAAAAGACCAGGGAAAGUAACACGGCCAGAGAUGACAACAAUUCUUGAAUCAGAAGAAAUUCUCGAGUCUGUGGAUGAUUUCUACCAUCAGAUAAUGUUACCUCAAAUUUCAAAGUUUUUGGACCCUGCAAAAUACCCUUGGAACGAAUGGAUAGAACACUUAGAUUACAAUACGGGCAUCCCCGAAUCCCAGCUGGAAGAAGUCAGGACUGCGUAUAGUAAAUGGUUGAAGGAAAAGGUGGAAAAUGAAACAGAAGGAGCAUCAUGAUUAAUAAUAAGGAGGGCUGCUGGUACAUGGAUUUGCACAUUUUGAACUUGAUUAUCCACUGCACCUCUGUUUGAUGGUUGAAAAGAAGAUUGUGCUUGUAUUGACUAGGAAUCCGCAGGAAUCAAAGUUAAAAGGUAGGUCAGAAAUGAGGAUGGCCUUUUCACUAUAAUUUUUGCCAUCUUCAGAUGGGGACAACUUUCGGCUCCCUGGCAUUGUUUUUGUAAUUAGUCCCCUGAACUUGAUUGAUUCUUGUGUUACUACAUUGUCGAAAUGGUUCUACAUAAUGAAGUUGGAAACAUGACUGAAUUCUCUGAUUCAAUCUUCCUAUUUAAAGGUAGGUCAGAAAUGAGGAUUGCUUUUUUACUUUAAUUUUUGCCAUCUACAGAUGGCGACAGCCUUCAGCUCCCUGGCAUUGUUUUUGUAAAUUAGUCUCCUGAACUUGAUUGAUUCUUUCGUAUACUACAUUGUCGAAACGAUUCUGCAUAAAGAAGUUGGAAAUACUCCCUCCGG